CGCCGCCUUCCUGGGCCUGGUGAGAGCCGCGGGGCACCCUCCCCCUCAUGGCAUUUAAGCACUUACUAAGCGCCAGGGCAUGAGUAUUGCGAUUCUCGGACCCACGUUUCAAGAUUUGGCUUCAAAUGUGAACAGCAACAUUAGUAGUAUUUCUUUUAUUUUUGUGGGCCGCUCAUUUGGAUAUCUGGGUGGUUCUGUGAUUGGUGGAAUUCUCUUUGACUGCAUGAAUCAUUUUCUUCUUUUGGGAAUUUCGAUGUUGGCCACAGCCAUUGGUCUCUUUCUUGUCCCUUUUUGCAAGAGAGCAGUCUUACUCGCCAUUAUGAUGUCAGUCUUUGGUGUUUCUAUGGGAGUUCUCGACACAGGUGGUAAUGUCCUCAUCCUAGACACUUGGGAGCAGCGGGCAGCACCUCACCUGCAGGCCUUGCACUUCAGCUUUGCCCUGGGGGCCUUUGUGGCUCCGAUCCUGGCCAAAUUGGCACUGGGUGGCAUCGCCCCGGCUGGGAGUCCGACGGGGACUGACCAGGCGAACCUUUCUGCCCCCGACCCUCUGGCUGCAGCCGAUCUGGAAGCCGUGUUCGGACUCCCCGCCGAUAUGAAUCUGCUUUGGGCCUACACUGUUAUAGGAAUGUACAUUUUUGUGGUUUUUGUCUGUAUUUUGGUUUUAUUUCUCAAAAGGAGUCCAGGUCAGGAGAGAACAAAAGCAUCUGCUCAGAAGUCCCAAACUGCCAAAUAUCACAAGACCCUCCUGGGCCUCAUUUUCUUCUUCUUCUUCUUCUACGUCGGCGCCGAGGUGACAUACGGCUCUUACGUCUUUUCUUUUGCGACGCAACACGUCCACAUGAAAGAGAGCGAAGCAGCGGGGGUGAACUCGGUAUUCUGGGGGGCGUUUGCAGCGUGCAGGGGCAUGGCCAUCUGCUUCGCUACGUGUCUCUACCCCGGGACCAUGAUUGUGAUGAGCAACAUUGGCAGCUUGCUUUCUUCUCUGCUCCUGGUCCUUUUCCAUAAAAGUCCAGUUUGCCUCUGGUCAGCCACGGCUGUGUAUGGGGCCUCAAUGGCCACCACGUUUCCCAGCGGCAUAUCCUGGAUUGAACAGUACACGACCAUUAAGGGCAAGUCUGCUUCUUUGUUCGUGGUCGGCGCCGCCUUGGGAGAGAUGGUUAUUCCUGCCGUGGUUGGCACUCUUCAGGGAGAAUAUUCCCAUCUCCCUGUGGUCCUCUAUACCUCUCUGGGGUCAGCACUAGUCACUGCUCUGUUGUUCCCUGUGAUGUACAAAUUUGCAACCUCACCUCUUGAGAGAACACUGAGGAAAAACAGAAAGAGCGAAGAUCAGAAAGCGCUGCUGCCUGGCUUUGGGCUUAAUGAUGAUGAAGAGGAGGAUGGGGAGGCAGAGAGUUGGAAUGAUGCUGCCUUUGAAGUGAUUGAGAUGAGUGAGGGGCUGCAGAGCUCUCUGCUGGAGCCGUCUCGAGCAAUCCCUGGGGGAGAUCCGGCUCCGGUUUCUAAUAAGCAUUGUUCAUUCGAUGUAUUCGUUGAUUCCUCCCCACGUAUUCUGGGCAACUCCCCAAAGAAGCAAGUCAUUACUGACCGGGAAAAGAAUGAUUAGCAUCCAGAUGAUUAAUUUUCCUUAUCAACCCGUUCCCUAAAGAGGCAGAAAGUCGGCAGGUUUUCAAACACGACUCAAAACCCAGUACUGCUUAUUGUGUACUCAACAAGUACUAAAAAGUUCUGGACUGGGGUUUUCAGUUGUGACUAUGGAAUUGAUCAGGUCAGUUGUUGUUGCUUGAAGGUGAGGAAGAAAAGUUGAGGUUUUUGAGAACCCCGAAUGUCUCAGAAGUAGAGGUAAUCAAAAGGAGGGUGUUUGAGGGGUAGAGCAAAUAACAUUCAUGAAACCCAGGCUUCCAUAGUUCAUCAGUGGUAUUAAUUACUGAGUGCUUGCUGUGUGCAGGGCACUACUGUACUAAGCGCUUAAUUCAUCGGGGGAGUUGGUCAGAGGGUGCCUUCACAGAGGACAGAUAAUGUGUUAGGGGUUUCUGCUAGUAAUAAUAUUUCUGUUCGUGUUGAUCCACUCAGCAUCUUUCUUGGUGCCUCUCUCACUAGGAAACUAUUCGAAGCAGAAUCGGUUAUAAUAACGGGGUCUGAAGGAAGUCUUUUUGCCCCUGUCUUUACAGUUUUAGGGGAGACUGCUGAAAAGUGAGAAACAAGAUAAACAUCUCUAGUUAAUGGAGGUACUGUUGACUCAAUUUCAUGGCUUGUCAGCUUCCUUGCUUUAGUGGUUGAGUCCCAUUUUAAAGGGCAGGCCUUUGUUUAGCAAGCCACUGAGCUGCAGUAAGAUGAUACUAUAAAUACUGAUAUCUAUAUUUCUAUGAAUACCCUAGGUUGGUAAUUUAUUUUUUUAUUAAGGUAGCGACUAUUUUAAAAGGGGGAAAACUUGAAAACAAACUGUGAUUGAAAAUAGUUUAGAGAUUAUUAUACUGGGUGGCACCUUCAAGAGCCAUUACCAGUACAGUGCUCUGCACACAGUAAACACAAUGACUAACUCUAUUACAACUACUGAGAGGGACAGGUGGGUAAGGUGAGCAGAAGAAUUCAAAGGAAAGAAGGCCUUACCUCUUCUCUUUUCCCUGCUGAAAUCCCACUACUUCCUUAAGCAAAUCUUGGUACUUACCUUGUGGGCACCAGUUUAACUUCCCCUUCUCCCCUUCCUGUAUCCAGGCCCCAUCUCAGAUGACCUAGGAUCGAGGCAGAAGCAGCUGAACCAACAACUGGGGGAAAUGAAUGUGCAAGUAGAGAUGAAGCAGGAACUUCCAAGUUGCAGCUCUCUCUCUGUCUCUCCCUCCACCCCUUUCCCCCCAACAAAAAUAUUACAAGUAACGAGACUACAAACGAGAUGGUGCAGCGAUUUAAAAAUUUGUACUCUUGUGGAAGGAGUUCAGGGCUCUCCAAACUAAGGUGGAGAGCAACUGCCUCCCAAAACGCACUCUGUAAUUACCAAAUGUGGUUGAAAUCAGGUGACUCUCAAACUCAUACAGCAGUCAGAUCAGCAGAGGCAGAGGAUUGGCAACAUAUGGCAGGAAUUAGCUAUAUGGAAGAGCAGCCUUUCCUGGUGGAAAGAGGUUGGGCCUGGGAGUCGGAGGACUUGGAUUCUAAUCCAGACU